UGUCAGCGAUACAGUCUUUUCAUAAUGCAGCGCUCGGAGGAAGAACGCUUUUAUAUGACAUGCAGGGCUGCGUAUCUGUCUGUAUUUAGAUCCAGUUUGGUGAACAUUACUUCGAAAGACCAACUGUGCACUGUUCUUCAGCAAGCAGGUCGAAAUCCCUCUCAGAAGGCUUUAGACAAAUAUUGGCCCCCCGGAACCAAGAAGCUGAAUUUUGAUGAUUUUUGUGAAAUAGUGAAGAAGGAAAACCCUGCAGAAUCAGAUGAACUUAUGAGGAUUUUCAAGAAGUUCGACAUAAAUUGUGAUGGAUGCAUCUCACACGAUGAGCUCAGUAAAGUCCUUACUUCAACUGGAGAAAAAAUGUCACCCGAGGAAGUGGAUGAAAUCUUUACUUUAGCAGAUAUUAACAAAGAUGGAAAGUUAGACUAUGCAGAGUUCUGCAGGCUUUUUGGGUCUACAGUAGAGCAGUGUCAGACCGCAGCGUUGGAAAAGAUCGAGGCUGAUGCCAAACUGAAGAAACAGAAUUUUGGAAACCAGCUGGACAGCUCCCCUCAGAGUAAAGAGUCCCAGCCAGCCCCAGAGACACAGCACAGGACACAACUAGACACCACACACAGGAAAGAAAGUCGCUCUUCUUCCAGACCAUCCUCUGCUCGCAGUCGCCGGUCAUCUCUAUCCACUGCCAUCACUAUGUCCACUGGCGGCAGCAAGUCUGGCAGACUGGCAGAGCCCAAAUCUAUACAGGACUGGCAUCACACACUUAUGAAAGGCUGUUUUUAUGUGGAGGAAAACGGAAUGAUUGUUUCCCUCCAGUAUCGUCUACAUAUCCCGCAGACAACCAGUGUCUACCUGACCAUACAGCCUCUCAACCUCAGUCAGAAUCCUGAAAAGCUUUCCCCCUGGAUGUGUGUGGACACGGCUCUCUAUGUGGUGACGGGUAACGAGACAAAAGAAGAUUCAAACUUAGUUUGCUUCACUGAAUUGAGAGAUAAGGAGAGGUUUGUGUGGAGGGGGGAGCUCAACGCCGGCUCAUACCUCCUCCUGCCGUUCACCACUGGCUGCAGACUGAUGAAGAAGGCGAGGAAGACCACCACUAAAACAGUUCAGAUAGUCAACCGUGACCAGUCUGGAGAACUGGAACUAACCAAAGAGUUCACGGCGGCGUUGUCUGACAUCUUUGAUGUAAUAGAUUUGGAUGGAAAUGGUCUGUUGAGUCUUGAGGAGUACAACUUUUUUGAGCAGAGGACGAGUGGAGAGAAAUGCGAUGAGGAUGCCUGGGCUGUCUGCAAAGAGAACUUUGAUACAAAGAAUAACGAGUUGACCAGACAAGGCUUCAUGGAGCUCAAUCUGAUGGAAGCCAAUGAUCGUGAGGGUGACCCCAGAGAUUUAUGGCUCACCCUGGAAGCCAUGGGUUAUAACCGCAGUUUAGAGAUGGUGGAGGCAUGUCCAUUUGUUAUUGAAGUCUACUGUCAGGACGUCAAAGCUACUCAACAGCCUGUUCAGUUGGAUUCUGGGAUUAAGAUGUUAAAUUCAGCUGUACAGAGGUCUAUCACUUCUAAAGCAGAGGCAAAAUCUCUGAAGGGUCACGAGAGCGUCUUGGUUUAUACAUACAAAGGAGAGAGCAGAAUCUCAUCGGUCAUUGCCAAUAAGUCCAAUCAGAAGGUGACAGUGCACAUUAACAAUGAAAACAGCAAGAACUGUGUGAGCAGCAGGGCAAUGAGUGUGUUUGCUGUUGAGGUUCCAGCUAGGACUAAAAUGGUGUGUCAGCACGUCAUGUCUGUAAACAGCCAACAGGAGUGGACAUACAACUGUGUUGAGAGCAUCAUACCAAGUCUGUGAAUCGUGCAGGUGUAUGAUGGUUUAAGAUGGUUUUCAAAUUAUAUGUUAAGUACUGUAAAAAAUAUUUCGCCUGUCUAUGCCUUUGGGAGACAAAUGUGUUUCUAUUUACAUUAAAUAAUAAUCAGUUGUCAGUAGAUCUUAUUUUCAAUAUUAUGCACCAAACAUUAUUAAAUGUUUUAGAAAUUAUAAAAAACUGCCAUUUAUGU